GGACAAAUAGACUUUAUCAAAGGAAGGUAUUGAAGGAGACGGUUGAGAAAGAUGGAAUUGUGAUAUUCCUAUGUACAUACAUAGGAAGAGGUGAAUUGCAUUAGGAUACGAGCAUCAAUAGUUUUUCGAUUGAAAAAUCCUCUCAAAAUGUCGUCCGACAGAAAGGCGGUGAUCAAAAAUGCCGACAUGGCAGAGGUACUUGAUGUCACCACAUUCAUUGCCCUGUUUUGGUGCUUUUCGGAAUUUGACACAUUUCCUUGUUGUUUCUUUUCCCACCAUUAUUCAUCGCAGCCACGCAUGAUUUUCAUUUUGAAUUCUGAAAUCUGUCGCGCCUUCAAAACAAAACUUUUAACAGGACAUGCAGCAGGACGCAAUUGAUUGCGCGAUGCAAGCUUUGGAGAAGUACAAUAUCGAGAAGGAUAUUGCGGCCUUCAUCAAGAAGGAGUUCGACAAGAAGUACAACCCGGUAAUAUUCGCCAGUAUGUGCUCCUAGUACCUUUCUACAGCCACCAUGCACUUGUGCUUGAUUUCCUUUCUUACAUUUAGAAACUCUGCUACAAAACUUUUCUCAACAAAAGAAUGAAUAGAUUUCCUAGUUUUUGGCAUUUACACACGUCUGUAAAUGUAACACUCCAGACUUGGCACUGCGUUGUUGGCCGAAACUUCGGGAGCUAUGUGACCCACGAAACAAAGCAUUUCAUCUACUUCUACUUGGGACAGGUACUUUCAUUUGGGAUAACAGCUGUUGAAGAAAACGGAAUAAUGAUCCACAACUUCCAGUGUGAAUAUCAGGUAAAUUCAUCAAAUGAUGUAGAGAAAAGCAGCCCUAACUCAGACAGCUCUAUAGAUAUUACAAGCUUAUGCUGCUCUAUAUAUAUGAUAGGUUGCCGUGCUACUCUUCAAGAGUGGGUAAAGAUGUCGGGGACAUGGAUGCGAUGCUGGUUUGGACGAGACGAGUUCUGCUAGUAAUCAUGUUGAUGUCGAAGAUGUACCACAUCUCCGUAUAAUUAUUUCGUUUCCACCUACGUCUACGUGAUUAUAGCUAGGAGUAGUAGCCUCUUCUGAAAAAUUUCGUAUGGAACAAAGAAGGCUGCCUGAAAUGAACAACUCGUGUCAUUAUGAGUACGCAAACGAACAACAAGUAGUAGAGCUUCCGCACCCCUCCAAUUUGCAAUAGCAUACCGCACUAUACUGGUUACAACAAAAACGAAUCACCUCAACACAUUGUCUUUCAACUAUGUCUACUAUCGAUGACUGUGAUCACGUAUUUCUGGUAUAGGUACAAAUGAUGUUCAUUCGAUUCUGAUGCCAAGAUUUGCUGAAAACGGUGAUCGGACAAAGAAGUGCUUGAACAAGUAUGAAUUCGCGUCUGCUCUCUGUAGUCG